AUGGCAAAUAAAUAUAUAUACUUUCUAGCAUGGCUGCUCAUUUUCAGCCAAGUGUGUGCCGAAGAAGGCGACAUAGUCAUGUCUGAUGAUGAUGAUCAAAGUAUAGAUCCCCUGGUUCGGGCCGUGCCGGAAGCUGAUAAUCAGGAACGCGACGAGCGCCAUUUAAAUUUUAAAAUUCAUCGAGCGCCCGCUGUGAGCUACAGUUACAAUGAUGGAGUUGGUCAGGGAGGAGCAGGAGGCGGAGGCGGGGGCGGAGGCUAUGGUGCCCAGCAUGGCGCAUUUAUGGGCGGCAUUAAGACAUCGGGUUCACACUUGAUGAACAAUGCGCUUGGUCUGCUUGGCAUUGGCAAAGGUGUCAAGGGCAACUUUUAUGGCAACGCGGCCCAACAAUUGAGGGCAUAUGGCAAGUGCGCCGCAAUCACGCUGCCGCAAAAUGUUCAGUCCCAGUGCGAUGGCAAUGGUCGCUGUCAGGUCUAUUGCCCGGAUGGUUAUACCUUUUCCCAGGACACAAAACAGCUUGAACUGUUUUGCAGCAACGACGGCUGGAUCAUACGCAACUCGGAGUUUACCAGAGUGCCGCCGUGCCAGGCCACAUGCAUGCCGCCGUGCCAGAACAAUGGCAUCUGCCUGGCAGCCGGCGUUUGUCAGUGUCCGGAGAAUUACUCGGGUCCGCUGUGCCAGCACAAGAAGUCCGUGUGCGCGGCCAAGCCGCCGGUGCCGAAAAACUCUAAGGUAUCCUGCAAGAACAACCUUUGCCAUGCCGAAUGCAUGCGCGGCUUUCAGUUUCCAGAUGGCAGCGGCAUCACCAACAUCGAGUGCCGCAAUGGUCAAUGGCUCCACACCAAAACCGGCCUGGCCAAAAUGCCUGAUUGUGGACCGACCUGCUCGCCGGCGUGCCAGAAUGGCGGUCAGUGCAUCAGCUUCAAUAUCUGUCAGUGCUCCAAGAUGCAUCGCGGCGCGUUCUGUCAAUACAGCAUCUCGAGCUGCAAUGUGACCAAUACCCAUUUCAAUGGCAACUACAAGUGCGCCUACGAUACGGAGGAGGCGCGCUGCACAUUCAGCUGUCCGGAGGUGCGUGGCCUUAAGGUGCAAGGACGCUUGGAUAUUGAGUACAAAUGCAAAUAUCAGCAGGGUGUCUACCAGCCGGCGCCGUUGCCAAAAUGCGUUUUUCCUCCCGGAUAUACCAUUAAAUCGGGUAGCGUACAAGUGACGCAUAUGCAACAAGCGGGUCGCUCCUACCAUGGUGCCUUUAGCGGCGAGAUAACGUCAGAGCUGAGAAGCCAGCGUGAGAUUCUGUUGGCGUUGCUGGCCAAGUACAAGGAUUUGGAGCGCAGAAGUGAAUGGUGGUCAUCGGAGGAAACGGUGACAACUCUGGGCAGCUACUCCUUGUACAUGAGCAGCGAGGUGGAUGUAGUUGUGGACAAAUCGCCCAGACCAGCGCUGUGCACCACCUGGGGUGGCAUCAAUAUCAAGACAUUCGACGGUUUGGUUUUCAAGGCACCUUUGUCGUGCUCACACACACUGACCACGGACAAAGUUUCUGGCACAUUUGAUGUCACACUGAAAGCCUGUCCUUACGGCUCUGGCUAUGGCUGUGCGCACACGCUGAAGAUUCAAUGGCAAUCGGUGCUUUAUACGCUGGAGAACUUGAAUGGCACAAUGCGCCUGUCCACGCCCACCAAACAGCUGCCCAUCCCGGUGCAGGUGAUGGGCAUGAAGGUGAUGCCAGUGGCACAGCAUGUGCAAAUAGAUCUGGAAUCUAUUGGCCUCAAGCUGGACUGGGAUCACCAUCAGUAUGUGGCUGUGCAUGCCGGGCCCGCCAUGUGGGGCAAGGUGGGCGGCUUGUGCGGCUCCCUGGACGGCGAUAACAGUAACGAUUUGAUGUCCAGAACUGGAAAGAAGCUGGAAACAGUCAAGGCAUUUGCCGACGCCUGGCGUGUGGACGAUAGCAGUGAAAUGUGCCGCGUUGAGAACAGCGCCGAAAUGGAAUUUGGCAUCGAAUCUUGUGAACAGAGCAAACUGCAGAAGGCUGUCAGCAUCUGUGAGCGUCUGCUGGCCAACGAAAAGCUGAGCGACUGCAUCAAGCCCUUCAAUUACGAUGCACUCAUACGCACCUGCAUAGCUGACUACUGUAACUGUCCAAAUCGCGAAAAGCCCGAGAGCUGCAAUUGCGAUGCCAUUGCCAUGCUGGCCAAGGAAUGCAUGUUCAAGGGCAUUCAAUUGCAACAUGGCUGGCGCAAUCUGGAAGUGUGCCCUAUUAGUUGCGGCUUUGGACGCGUCUAUCGAGCCUGUGGACCCGAUGUGGAGCCAACCUGUGAAUCGGAGUUGACAAGUUCUUCUCCCACGAAAGGCAAGUGCAACGAGGGCUGCUUCUGCCCCGAAGGCACGGUCCAAUACAAGGACGCGUGCAUAACACGGGAGCUGUGUCCCUGCUCAUUACGUGGUCGCGAGUUCAAGCCCGAAGCGACAAUCAAGAAGAACUGCAAUACGUGUACUUGUAAGAAUGGGCAAUGGAAAUGCACGGACGAUAAGUGUGGUGCACGUUGCGGUGCCAUUGGUGAUCCUCAUUACCAUACUUUCGAUGGCAAGCGAUAUGACUUUAUGGGCAAGUGCUCUUACUAUCUGCUGAAGACGCAAAAUAUGUCUGUGGAGGCGGAGAACGUUGCCUGCUCUGGUGCCGUAUCGGAGGCACUUAGCUAUGCGGCGCCCGAUGAUCCUUCCUGCACCAAAUCGGUAACCAUACGUUUCCUGCUGCGCGAUGGCACACCGGCCACCAUCAAAUUGGAUCAGGGCUUAACAACUGUUAUCAAUGAUAAACCUAUUGCCAAGCUGCCCAAGAUGAUGGGCCUUGGUGAGGUGUUGAUACGACGCGCCAGCUCUACGUUUCUGACCGUGGAGUUUGCCGGUGGCAUACGCAUCUGGUGGGAUGGCGUCUCGCGUGUAUAUGUUGAUGCGCCAGCCAGUUGGCGUGGCCAAACGCAAGGCCUAUGCGGCACAUUCAAUUCCAAUACACAGGACGACUUCCUAACACCUGAGGGCGAUGUUGAAACGGCGAUUGAAGCGUUUGCGGACAAAUGGCGCACCAAGGACACCUGCCAGUUCCAGGCGGAGACCCAUCAGGGACCGCAUCCAUGCACGCUUAGUCCAGAAAAGAAGGCGCUUGCGGAAAAGCACUGCGACUGGAUACUGCAGGACAUCUUCCAAGAAUGUCACUUCAUGGUGGAGCCGGAACAGUACUACGAGGACUGCCUGUACGAUACUUGCGCCUGCAAGGAUGAGCCUGAGAAAUGUUUCUGUCCCAUUCUCUCCGCCUAUGGCACCGAAUGCAUGCGACAGGGCAUCAAGACCGGUUGGCGUAUGACUGUCAAAGAAUGCGCUGCCAAGUGUCCAAUGGGUCAGGUCUUUGAUGAGUGUGGUGAUGGAUGUGCGCUCACUUGCGACGAUUUGCCUGGCAAGAACAGCUGCACCCGUGAGUGUGUCGAGGGCUGCCGCUGUCCACAUGGCGAGUACAUCAACGACCAGGGCGUCUGUGUGCCCAAGCACAAGUGCCAUUGCAGUUUUGAUGGCAUGAUCUUCCGGCCUGGCUAUAAGGAAGUGCGGCCCGGUGGCAAAUUCCUUGACCUUUGCACUUGUGCAGAUGGCGUUUGGGAUUGUCAAGAUGCCGAUCCUGGUGAUGAUGUUAAGUAUCCGCCUUCAUCCGAACUGCGCAGCAAAUGCGCCAAACAGCCCUAUGCGGAGUUUACCAAAUGCGCGCCCAAGGAGCCAAAAACAUGCAAGAACAUGGACAAGUAUGUAGCCGAGUCCGCGGACUGCUUGCCUGGCUGCGUCUGCAUGGAGGGCUAUGUCUAUGAUACAUCCCGGCUGGCCUGUGUGCCGCCUACAAAUUGCUCUUGCCAUCAUGCUGGGAAAAGCUACGACGAUGGCGAAAAGAUCAAGGAAGACUGCAAUUCGUGCGUUUGCCAGGCGGGCAACUGGAAGUGCUCCGAGAAUGGCUGUGAAUCCACCUGCAGCGUGUGGGGCGACUCACAUUUUACAACUUACGAUGGCCAUGACUUUGAUUUUCAGGGAGCUUGCGAUUACGUGCUCUCCAAAGGUGUUUUCGAUAACGGCGAUGGCUUCACUAUUACCAUACAAAAUGUGCUGUGCGGCACAAUGGGAGUCACUUGCUCCAAAUCACUGGAAAUUGCUCUAACUGGACGUGUCCAAGAGUCUUUGUUACUUAGCGCGGACGCGACUUACAGCGUAGAUCCCAAUAAGUCGCCCAUUAAGAAACUACGAGACAGCGUCAAUUCCAAGGGCCACAAUGCUUUCCACAUUUACAAAUCUGGCGUAUUUGUGGUAGUUGAGGUUAUUCCUCUCAAGCUGCAAGUCAAAUGGGACGAGGGCACGCGCGUUUAUGUCAAACUGGGCAACGAGUGGCGCAACAAGGUCAGCGGCUUGUGUGGCAACUACAAUGGAAAUAGCCGGGAUGAUAUGCAAACGCCAUCAUUGGGUCUAGAGACGAGUGCCAUGCUGUUUGGCCACGCCUGGAAACUGCAGCCACAUUGCGCUGCACCCGUAGCACCCAUCGAUGCCUGUCGUCAGCAUCCAGAGCGCGAAACCUGGGCGCAACUAAAAUGCGGCGCUUUGAAGUCGGAGCUUUUCAAGCCGUGUCACGCUGAGGUGCCGCUGGAGCGUUAUCUGAAGCGCUGCAUCUUUGAUACGUGCGCCUGUGAUCAGGGCGGCGAUUGUGAAUGCUUGUGUACAGCUGUGGCGGCCUAUGCGGAUGCCUGUGCCCAAAAGGGCAUCAAUAUACGCUGGCGAUCCCAGCAUUUCUGCCCCAUGCAAUGUGAUCCGCACUGUUCGGAGUACAAGUCCUGCACACCUGCCUGUGCCGUGGAGACUUGCGACAACUUUUUGGAUCAGGGCAUUGCAGAGCGCAUGUGCAACCGCGAGAACUGUAUCGAAGGCUGUCACAUCAAGCCCUGUCAGGAUGGCUUCAUCUAUUUGAACGACACCUACCGCGAGUGUGUGCCCAAGGCUGAGUGCAAACCCGUCUGCAUGGUGAAGGAUGGCAAAACCUACUAUGAGGGUGAUGUUACCUUCCAGGAUGCCUGUGCUACGUGCCGUUGCUCGAAGCGCAAGGAGAUCUGCAGCGGCGUUAAGUGUGAUGCUCCGGUUGCAGUGCCAACGCCGGCGCCACUUGUUGAAGGCACCACAGAAAAACCGUUGGCUACGCAGAACCAAACCAAAUGUGUGCGCGGCUGGACGCGCUGGUUCGACAACGACGCCGAUGCCACGGAGAAGACUGUGCGUCUAAACGAUGAGGAGAAGCUGCCGCGCUAUGAUCGCCUGGAGAACAUCUAUGGUACAUGUCUCAAACAGUACAUGACCAAGGUGGAAUGCCGGGUGAAGAACACGCAUGAGCCGCCAGAGCAAAUGGACGAGAAUGUGGCAUGCAGCUUGGCGGUCGGUUUGCGUUGCAUUGGCAAGUGUCAUGACUAUGAGCUGCGCGUUUUUUGCCAAUGCGACGCGGAGCCGGAGCCAACAACGUCAAAGCCAAUCGAGAAGCCGCAAAUUGGCGCCAGCUGUGAUGUUGGCGUUGUCGAGUACAAAGAGUAUCCCGGAGAUUGCCACAAGUUCCUGCAUUGCCAGCCCAAGGGCGUUGACGGCGGUUGGGUAUAUGUGGAGAAGACCUGCGGCGAAUCCAUGAUGUUCAAUCCCACCAUGUUUAAUUGCGAUCAUAUCGCGAUUGUGCAGGAGCUGAUACCUAGCUGCGGCAAGCGCAAGCCCGACCCCGAGCCGGAGCACAUCAUGCAGUGCGACGAGGGCAAAGUCUGGUCGGAGUGUGCCAAUCAGUGUGAGAACACCUGCCAUUUCUAUGGUAGCAUUCUACGCAAGCGCGGUCUCUGCCAGCGCGGCGAGCACUGCAAGCCUGGCUGUGUCGAUAAACUGCGACCGGAUUGCCCAAAGCUGGGCAAAUACUGGCGCGACGAGAACACCUGCGUGCAUGCUGACGAGUGUCCCUGCAUGGAUAAGGCCGAGCAGUAUGUGCAGCCCCACAAGCCCGUUGUGGGUGAACUGGAGAUUUGCCAGUGCAUUGACAAUGCAUUCACCUGUGUGCUCAACAAGCCGGAGCCAACACCUGAGCCAACACAACGACCAUUUGAACCAAUUGUACCCAUUUUAUCGGUUACUCUGACGCCGCCGUUGCACUGCGAACCUGAGCGACUCAUUCCGAUGAUUGAAAAUGGGCCGCAUUCAUUGCCCGACAGCAUAUUCAAUGCCAGCUCCAAACUGGCCCCAGACCAUGCACCGCACAAAGCGCGUUUGACCAAGAAUCCGAAAACUGGCGGUGGCAGCUGGUCACCUCAGAUCAAUGAUCAAAUGCAGUACCUGGAGCUGAACUUUGGACAUGCCGAGCCCAUCUAUGGUGUCAUCAUGGCUGGCAGUCCGGAAUUCAACAAUUAUGUGACGCUUUUCAAGAUCCUGCACAGUCACGAUGACAUCGCGUAUAACUAUCUGGUAGACGAGACGGACAAGCCGCAAAUGUUCAAUGGACCUCUGGAUUCGCGUGAGCCCGUGCGGACACUUUUUAAAAUACCCAUCGAGGCUAGCUCCCUGAGAAUAUACCCCAUCAAGUGGCACGGAUCCAUAGCUAUGCGCGUGGAGCUGCUAAUUUGCGGCGAGCUGCCAACUGUUACACCGUCAGCCACGUUGCCCACCAGCACGGAGCAUCCGCCAUUGAAUUUGGAGCUUGAGUGUGUGGAUGAAUUGGGCGUGGAUAAGGGUGAGAUGCAUGAGCGACAGCUACAGGCUAGCAGCUUGUGGCAGCUGCAUCAAUCGGCAAGGAAACCACGUCUACUUGAUCUGCUGAAGCUAUCCAAUGCCCAAGCUUGGCGUUCGCUUGCCAAUACGCCCAAUGAGUUUAUCGAAUUUGAUUUCCUGGAGCCACGCAACGUAUCCGGCUUCAUAACCAAGGGCGGUCCCGAUGGCUGGGUGACAGGCUACAAGGUUAUGUUCUCGAAGAAGAAACCCACCUGGAACACUGUGCUGGCCCCCAAUGGCCAGCCACGUAUAUUUGAGGCAAAUGUCGACGAGCAUACGCCGCGUACACAUCACUUCAAGAAUCCAAUUCUGACGCAGUAUCUGAAGAUUGUGCCGGCCAAGUGGGAACGCAACAUCAACAUGCGCAUCGAACCCUUGGGCUGCUUUAAGCCUUAUCCUGUGCUAAAGGAGGAACUAAUCGAGGCAACGCAUGAGCCAACCAAGUGCAAUGUUUGCGAUGGCAUUGCCAGUCCCAGUCCCAGUCCCAGCUCCGACAGCAAGUGCCACUGCAGCGACCAGCUCUACUGGGAUGGCAACAAGUGCGUGCAACGUAAUCUGUGCCCAUGUGUGGAGAACUAUGUUAGCUAUCCGAUCGGUAGCAAGUUUGAGAACGCCGCGUGUGAGGAGUGCGUUUGCGUUUUGGGUGGACGCAACAAUUGCAAGCCCAAAAAGUGUCCACCAUGCAAAGAACGCCAUUUGCGCCGGGUCAUAACCAGCGACUGCUUCUGCAAGUGCGAACCGUGUCCCAAACAGCAGCGUUUGUGUCCGUCCAGCGGCGAUUGCAUACCGGAGAUUCUGUGGUGCAAUGGCGUGCAGGACUGUGCGGACGAUGAGGAUGCCAGCUGUCGAGAUUCGUUUACAGUGGAGCCGGACAUAAAACGCGAGAAGAAUGAAACUACGGUUAUUACGUGUCCUGCGCCUGUUUGCCCGCCGCAAAUGAAAAUUAAAAUUAUUGAGAAGAAGGCACGCAAGAUGUCGAAGAUCUUUUCAUUCCACAAACAAGUAUCGAUUGUGGACGAUGGUGUUAGCAUAACGAAAACUAAAUUCGUUUCCUCGAAUGAGCAAGUUCUGGCCAUGCCCAACAACGAACUAAACUAUCAGGAGGAAGAGGAGUGCAGUGAAUUCACCUGCGUGCCCAUACCCACCAAGGAGGUGAACAAAAAUGAAACCAUCACCUGUGUGGAGCCCAAGUGCCCAGAGAAAUAUGAUGUGGAACUGGACAUGAGCACAGCCAAGGCUGGCGACUGUCUCAAGUACACGUGCGUGCUGCGACCCAAUAAGGAUGAUGUGUGUGAGAUAAGCGGCAAAAGCUUUACCACCUUUGAUGGCACUCUGUUCAAAUAUAGUCCCUGCAGUCACAUACUGGCCAGAGAUAUAAACAAUGGCAGCUGGACCAUAUCGGUGCAUCAGCAGUGCAGCGACGAGACGCGCAAGGUCUGCCACAAGGUGGUCACCAUACAGGACCUGCAAGCGGGCAAUGAGCUGGUGCUGCUGCCGCAUCUUAAAAUUAAAUUCAAUGGCUUUGAGUUCACCGUGGAGCAGCUCAUCAAUUCGCCCAUUUGUAAGGCCUCGUUUGUGGUCUCUCAGCCGGGCAAGACGUUGCUCGCGGUGUCCACCAAAUAUGGCUUCUGGGUGCAAUUGGAUGACAUUGGCAUACUCAAGGUGGGCAUCUCCUCCAAAUUCUUACGCACUGUGGACGGUCUGUGCGGCUAUUACAAUGGCAAUCCACGCGAUGACAAGCGCACGCCCGACGGCCAAGUGCUGGCCAACACGGAAAAGUUCGGCAACAGCUGGUACGACAAACGUGUGCCCCUGGAUCAGUGCGGUGAUCAAAAGUGCACCAGACAACUGCAGGCCAAGGCGCUACAAUUGUGUAACAUUAUCAACCAUCCUACCUUCGCUAAGUGCCACAAGGCUGUCAACUAUAAACAAUUCUCGAACAACUACUGCCUGGAGGCGGCCUGUGAUUGCCUGCAGGCCAAUAAUGGAGAUGCCGCCGCCUGCAAGUGCAACAUACUCGAGAGUUUCGUGAAAAAAUGUCUCAGCGUCAAUCCGUUGGCGCAGCUUACCACCUGGCGGGCGGUGCAUCAGUGCGAGAUUAGUUGUCCGGCGCCCUUGGUGCACACAGAUUGCUAUAAGCGACGUUGUGAGCCCUCGUGUGACAAUCUGCAUGGCGAUGAUUGUCCUGUGCUGCCGGAUGUCUGCUUCCCGGGCUGCUACUGCCCGGAGGGCACCGUUCGCAAGGGCCCCAAGUGUGUGCCCAUCGCCGACUGCAAGGAUUGUGUGUGCAAAGCACUGGGCAGCUCCAACUACAUGACCUACGAUCGCAAGAGUUUCAGUUUCAAUGGCAACUGCACUUACCUGCUCUCCCGGGAUGUGGUUCUGCCGGGCGUGCACACGUUCCAGGUGUAUGUCAGCAUGGAUGAUUGCAAGAAACUUGGCCAAGUCAGUGCCACCAAUGGCACCAGCUGCGCCAAGUCGCUGCAUGUGCUCAACGGUGAUCAUGUGAUUCAUGUGCAGCGCGUGCCGCAAAAGACGAAAGCCCUGCAAGUCCUAAUGGACGGCUUUGAGGUGAAAAAGAUGCCAUACAAGGACAGCUGGAUAACGUUGCGUCAAGUGGUGGGCAAGGAGCUGGUGCUAAAUCUGCCCGAAUCACACGUGGAGUUGACAGCCUCGUUUGAGGACUUGCUCUUCACGCUUGGCGUGCCCAGCAUCAAGUAUGGCAGCAAAAUGGAAGGACUCUGUGGUGAUUGCAAUGAAGAUGCCAGCAAUGAUUUGCAGCCGAAUCCGGCCAAGAAGAAGCCAGGCAUAGAUGUUAUACAGAGCUGGCAGGCGGAUGAGCCCAAGUUAGGUCUGACCGAUGCCCAGGAGUGCUUGAGUGAAGAUGUGCCCAAAGAGAACUGCCUACCGUUGCCGCCAGAGAAGGAUCCCUGCCUGCAGUUUUACAAUGAGGAGCUGUUUGGCAAGUGUCCGCUGGUUGUCGACCCCAUUGCCUAUGUGUCCGCCUGUCAACAGGAUAUCUGCAAGACGGGCAACACACAACAGGGCGUCUGCGUGUCCCUGGCCGCCUAUGCCAAAGAGUGUAACAAACAGGGCAUCUGCACAAACUGGCGCCGACCACAGCUCUGUCCGUAUGACUGUCCCAGCGACAUGGUCUACGAGCCCUGCGGCUGUGCCAAAAACUGCGAUACAGUCAAGGCCAUGUCCGAAUAUGAUGCGGUUAAUGUAAAGACCCAGACGGUGUUCCACACUGUGAACAGCGAUGAUAUGUGUCUUAGCUCAGAGCGCUUUGAGGGCUGCUUCUGUCCUGCCGGUCAGGUCAUGGAUGGCGGCAAAUGUAUACCAGAGGAAGCGUGCACAAAAUGCGACGACGGAGUACACCUGCCGGGCGAUAAAUGGCAGCCGGACAAGUGCACCGAUUGCCAGUGCGAUGCCAAGGGCAAGAGCUCGUGCGUGGAGAAGAAGUGCCAAGUGGAGGAGAACAUAUGCGCCGAGGGCUAUAAGCCACAGACCAUAGUAAGUGCCGAGGAGUGCUGUCCACGGUAUCGCUGCGUGCCGGAGCCCAAGGAGUCACAAAAAUUAUGCCUGGCGCCACUAAUGCCAGUCUGUGGACCCGGCCAAUUUAAGAAGCAGAAGAACGAUAUCAACGGCUGUCCACAGUACAUUUGCGAAUGCAAGCCCAAGGAGGACUGUGAGCCGCUUGUGCCACCACGUGAGCUUUUGCCGGGCGAGCAACUCGUCAAGAUCGACGAGGGCUGUUGUCCCACACAGAAGAUUGUGUGCAAGCCAGAACAGUGCCCGCCAGCGCCAGUCAACUGCCAGCAACGCUUCUAUGAGGUCAGCACACAGCAAGCGCCCGGCGCCUGCUGUCCCACACACAAAUGCGUGCCGCCCAAACAUUUAUGCAUUGUGCAGUAUGAGGUGGAGGAAUCGAGCAGCUUUACCAAGCAAGUCGGCGACAAGUGGCCGCACGCCAAGGAUGUCUGCAAACAGGAGCAGUGCUCGUAUGGUCCAAAUGGCGUGGCUCAGGUUAUCAGCACGCUGGAACAGUGUGUUACGAAUUGUGCGCCGGGCUAUAGCUAUCAGAAGCUGGACGAGACCAAAUGCUGCGGCGAGUGCGUGCAGACUUCGUGUCUAUUCGAACAGAAGCUAUAUGAGGCUAACGCGCAGUGGAGUUCACCCGACAAUUGUACGCACUAUUUGUGCCUGAAGAAGGAUAAACUGUUGAUGGUCAGCUCCUCGAGCGAGGUCUGUCCGGAUGUCAGUCAAUGUGCGCCCCAUUUGAUCUAUGUCGAGGGCUGCUGUAAACGCUGCAAAUUGGAGCCGCAGGUCGAAGAUCUAUCUACCUGUCUGCCCGUUUCGCUUGCCGAGUCGCGGACAAAGGAGCUGCUGAAGUAUACUAAGCCUGCUCAUGGUGUUUGUGUUAAUGCCGAGCCCAUUAAGGGCUUUACGGAUUGUGAAGGCGCGUGCAGUUCGGGUUCCAAGUACAAUAAGCAUACCGAUAUCCAUGAGAAGUUCUGCACCUGCUGCAGCAUCAAAUCCUAUCAACCGAUCUCAGUGAAAAUGGUCUGCGAAGAUGGACAUACAUAUAAUCAGCGCCAUGAGGUGCCCUCGAAUUGUGGCUGCUCGCCGUGCGAUGAGUUCUCAGAGGGCGUGAUAGAUGUGCGGAUGCAAGGAGCAAAGCAAAUGUCAGUGCCGCUGUUGCAGUUACUGGGCCAUUGAGCUGUUGCGCUAGUCUAGUUUUUAAUGAUUAAUUGUAAACGCAUGAAAACAAGAAUAUUCAAAAAUUCCAAUUGGCUUUGUUAGUUUGGUCGCCAGUUAGUA